AUGUUUCGCAGCUGUGUAAUUGUAAUUUUAAUAAUAUUCAUCUUGGUUACUAAUUCUAUUGUACAUAGUACGCUUCCCGGUAAACAAAAUCAUACAAUUGUUUUAUUAGAUUUGAAAUCAGACAACCAUAAUCUACCUAUUCAUCAGUUUCUUUCGAAUAUUAUUCAAUCAAUAAUCAAUAAACAAGAUUCAUCGGAACGAUAUCAUUAUAUUAAAACCGGUUCUAUGAUUACCAUAGAUUGUAUUGUAUUUAAUAUAAAGCAUAAGUUCCAAAAUGAACUACUCCAUCUUAUUCAAAAGCCUAUACAACAACAAACUGUAAAUAUACAUUUAAAUCAAUUAUAUUACUCUAAUUGUGCAUCAAUCAAUAAGAAAACUAAUUUAUAUGAUAUUAAUUGUAAUUAUUUAUCAUUUUAUCAAGAAAGUAUAAACAAUCAUAAUAAUAAUAAUGAAAUAAAUGGAUAUAAUGAGUUUCCAUAUAGUCAAAUAGAUAUUUUUCGAUAUACAAUUCAUCAAGUAAAUAAUAGUUUCAAUGGACGUUGGAUGUGUUAUUCGGAUAAUAUAUCGAGUAAAAUUCAUAAUCUUAUUAUUUCAGAUACGCAGGAUUCUGAAGUUCAGUCCUAUGUUCCUCUUCCUAUCCCUUCUAGUACAUCAGUUAGUGUUAAAUGUGAUUAUACACUUUCCUCAAAUGUGACAAAUAUCACUGAGUUACACAAGUAUAAUUCAAAUGCACACGAUCAAGAAUUCAUUAAUGUUACAAGAAUCACUUGGGAGUUAGUAAUAAAUUCAUUUGAUCAGCCGAAGCCGAAGAGAUUCACUGAUCCUGAUGUAAGCAAAACAAAAAUUGAUUGUCAAAUAGCAGGUCAACAACAACGUCGUGACAAAAGACAGGUUGAUUAUGAUGUUUAUUAUCCAUCUAAAUCUGUACGUUUGGAGACAAACUUAUCUCCAGAUUAUUUUGUUCAAGUUGGUACUAUACUUGAAAUUAAAUGUACUGCUGAACCUGGUAAUCCUCCUCCAAAAUUAUCACUUUUACGUCAACGAUUUGAUGAAUCUAAAGCAACAGUUAUCCAAACUAAAACAAGACAUCUCAGUCAGUCAAAUUCUUUUAUAAAUAUACAUAAAGAUAUAGCUCAAGAGUUUAUGGUCACAUUAAGUGAAGAAGAUAAUGGUGCUUCUUUUUUCUGUGAAGUUAUUAGUACUGGAAUCAAAUCAAGCAAAGUUCGUUCUGAUAGUGUACGAUAUAAUAUAUCAUUUCCUCCACGGGCAGUAUACGUCCAGUCAUAUCCCGAAGGUUUGAUUGCUGAGUCAAGUCAAAAAAUGUUUAGCUGUCAAACAGAUAGUAUGGGAAGCAAUCCUCCAGCAAUAUUAAAAUGGCAACAGCUUGAUUCUGCUGGUGCUAUUAUUUCACUGGAAAGUUUGAAAAAGUCCGUCAAUAUCGACUUCAUCAAGCAAAGUAAUGGUGCUGUUGUUACUCGUUCUAAUCUAACAGUUCUCGCAACUAGAGUAUUGAAUGGAAGGCGAUUUGAGUGUUCAGUUGUAUUCAAUGACUCAAAAACACUUCUUCGAUCAGAAGGGUUCUUGGAGGUUAUGUUUUCUCCAAAUAACAUACGAUUAACAGCUCAACCGAUAAAUGGUGUUCCAGAAGCUGGUCGAUUAGAAUUGACAUGUGCUACUAGUUCAUGUCAUCCACCUGCUGUGAUACGUUGGCUUGAAAUUUCACCAGAUAAAAUAAAAGAAAAGAAUAAAAAUAUAGAAGAACAUUUACAAUAUACGAAUUUAUUUUCAAAUGAAUUAACUGAUCUUGCCCAAUUAGAAACUAAUCAAGGAGAUUUUGGUGGAACUAAAGUUUUAAGCACUUUAAUCAUAACCAAAACUUAUCGAUCUCAUCAAAAUACAAUUUAUCAAUGUCUAGUUAAUCAUACUGGAAUGAAUAAACCUGUUCUGAGUGAGCACAGAUUACAAAUCUUAUAUCCCCAACAAUUCAUAUCAUCAGUCUUCCAAAUCAGCCAAUUGCAAGACAAUCUGUUACGUUAUUCUGUCAAGCUAUUGGAGGAAAUCCUUCAAAUGACUUGA